AUGCGCCACCAGAGUCACUUGCCCCGGAAAGUCAUCGCCGUCGACCUCGACGAGGUCCUCGCCCGGACAACCCUCGCCAUCGCCGACUUCCACAACGACACCUACGGCACAACCCUCACCAUGGACGACUUUAUCUCCUACGACUACACAAAGAUAUGGGGCGGCACCCGAGAGGAAUCCAUCGCAAAGUGGAGACUCUUCUUCGAUUCCCCGUACUUUUUGAAAGUCGAACCCGUUGAAGGCAGUUUGGAAACGCUCAAGCUCCUGAAGGCCCGCCGGUUCAGUCUUGUUAUCGUCACCGCCCGUCAGCAGUUCGUAGCCGACCUCACGAAAAAGUUUGUCGAUCGCCAUUUCCCAGGAAUCUUUGAAUCGAUCUAUUUCGCCAACCACUUCCUGACCGAGCAAGAGAAGCUGACGUUCGUCUCCAAGCCCAAGUCGGUCAUCUGUCGGGACGUCCACGCUCAAUUGCUGAUCGACGACUCGCUCGAGAAUGCCCUCGAGGUCUCCAAGGCCGGAAUUCCGGUUCUCCUGUUCGAUCUCCAUGGAAAGUAUAAGUGGAACCAGCUCGAGGAGGGUCAGCAGCUGCCGGAUAAGGUCACUCGAGUCAAGAGCUGGAAGGAUGUCCAGGCUUGGUUUCCUCGUCCUCGAUCCCCAUUGUCGAAUCAAUGCCUGAGCAGGGACGAUCAAGUUUCAGAGUCGUCCUCGUCCGAGUCUGAGGAGGAAGAUGAAGAGGAUGAGGAGGACGAGGAGGAAAUGGAGGAGGAUGAAGAGCAGCAGAUGUACGGAUACUCACACCACCACCAACAGCAACAUCAUCUUCAUAACCCCAUGGAUUCGGAUUCGGGUUCUGACGAGGACGACGAGGCAGAGAUGGAUGAGGAUGAGAUGAACGAGUUGACGAAGCGGGAACAGGACGGAGAGGAAGAGGAGGAGGAAGAUCAUGGUCGGAGCCUUCGGAGGCGCAAGCUCAUGAUGAUGGACUUUAGCAGUUCAGACGAUGACGAAGAUAUCGACCUCGAGAGCGGGCAGCACCAUCACGGAAACAUGGACAGCAGUGAGCAUGAUCUGGACCUCGAGAGCGGACACCGCGGUCGCCAUAUCUCCCAUGCCGAUUUAGAACGGUACCGUCACCAACACGAGACCAUGUACAUGGAGGAGCCAGGAACUGAGGUGGAGAUGGAAACCGACUCGUCGUCGUACCUGCGUCAGGAGGAUGACAUGGAACAGGGCCUCGUUUCAACUACCACCAUUACAGCGACAUUGACAGCGACAACAACUACUACAGCAACCGCCCAGAUGUCAAUAGCCAUCGCCGAGUCCAACACAGUAAUGGUAGAAUCUCACUCCUCGACGAUAUCGACCCUUCCUCCUUCUCCCGCUAGUUCUUCUGAGGCGGCCAUGGCAGUUGAAGGGUUGACGAUCAAGAGCCCUCCUUCCUCAUCACCCGAGUCCUUUGCUGGUGCCGCAACCAGUCAUUCAAAUCAGACCGACUCAAUGGAAGAGGUCCCUCUCGCAUAG